AACGACAGUUAUUCAUUGCUUAAUGAAUGUUUUUGUUGUACAUAAGUCAUGCAAAGCUGCAUACAGAAAAUGUUUUAUGCUAUAUAGUUCUAGGCAGCAAUAAAUUAAAUUCGUUUGGCUUGAAGAGUGUGAGUCUAAGAUAUGAUGCUCUGGUUAUUUCUUUUAUCAUUGAUACUUCAUGUAUCAUGUCAAGAGUUUGGUUCACUACCUCCUCGUCCAACUACUGGUAUAAGAUUGUUUCUUGGUGAGGAGAAUGUGACUAUUGCUAAUUUCUCAAUGAUAGCUGCUGGUCUGUUUCAUGAUUCAGAUAUCGAUGGGCCUGGUGGUGAUAUUGGAGUUACUGGUAGUCUUGAUGGUCAGAAUGAUGGUUUGUGGUGUCAGAGUUCCCUUAAUUGGAAUAUGAUAGGAACAUGGUAUUAUCCUGAUGGAACAACUGUACCAUUGGGUUCUGCUCAUGGUUAUUAUAAUCCUAGUCCUCUGUUUGCUAACAACACUGCCACUGGUCAAAUUGGUUUGUUAAGAACAGGAGGAAUAGCAAGUAUUCAAGGACUAUACAGUUGUGUUAUACCAAAUGAAGAAGGAAUCAAUCAGACACUGUAUGUUGCUGCUUAUGGUAAUGGAGAUUUCCUUAAAGAUGGUGAGCUUCCAAAGAUUGAUGUUAGUGGUUCCUCCUUCCAGCUCCUCUCAUCAGUUGAUGCUGAUCCUCCAGUGUUUAGUUUAUCAUUUAAUGUCACUAAUAGAUCACCAACAAUAGUCACUUGCUCUUUUGAUAAUGGAAACCAGUUUAAUGUAUCUGAUAAUGAUCUGAUACGUACUGUAACACCAGUUAACAAUGAUGUACAAGUACAAGUAUCAGUAAUAUUUAGAAUGAGAGUGUCUGGUCUGUAUAAAUGUUCUGUUACUACUGACAGAAUUACAACUACACCUUUAGUAUCUACUAAUAUGGCAAUGAGGAAUGUUAUUGCUACUGGAUCUCCAUCAAACUUGGUCUACAGUGGAGAUAGUCUUCUCUCAGUUACACUAGGCUGGUCUCCCUCAGCAGUGAUUAGUGCUACUCCUCAGUAUCAUGUCUUUGUUAAUAACAGUAAUAGUAUUAUUAUGAAUGAUAAUACUACAAAUACUGAGCUGUCUCUCUCAUUACGUCCUGAUGAUGAAUAUAAUAUUAGACUAGUAGCUACUGGUGAAGAUUUACCUAGUGAAAUAAUCAAUGUUACUGUACCUCAAGUUGUCAGUGUUGAUGUACAAGGGCCAGUUAUGAUGCCAUUGGAUCAUUCUUCCUUUUCAUUAACCUGUACAUUGACAUUAGCUCCUCAAGUGAAUGAUACUACAGUAGAAAUGUACUGGACAAGUCCUGAUCUCAUU